UUUCGGUAAUUAUUAAAAAGAAAAAGAGAGAGAGAAAAGAACCAAAAACCAUGAAAAACGCCUCAAAACCUUUGCACUUGUUCAUCUUCAGCUCAGCUACUCAACAACGACAACACCCUCAUCCAAACCGCACACUACUUCUGUUGUCUGAAGGUGUUUCUUUGCACUGAAAUUCAGUAAGAAUUUUGGAAAGUCGGCAUCAUGGAAGAUGGUGACUCUAACAUAAGGAGAUGGGAGGAUCUGGACAUUGAUAUUUUGGUGAAGAUUUUUCAGUUGCUUGACAUUUUUGAGUUGACAUCUGGCAUCUCCCGUGUCUGUAGUGCAUGGCGCAUGGCUUGCUGCGAUCCACUUCUUUGGAAAACACUUGAUUUGUCGAUGUUAAAAUCGAACUUCAUCAAGAUCCCAUUAGAGCCCUUUGUUUAUGUUGAUGGACGAUCGGAUAGGACAUUAACGCGUAUAUUGAAGAUUUCUUUGUGUCUCAGCAGGCAGAGUAUAAUGACUUUGAUCUUCCAUUUUAACUUGUACGUAAGUGAUGAACAGUUGACAUACACUGCAGAAAGGUGCCCACGACUCAAAAGACUUGUUCUGCCAGCUUGGAACAGAAUCAAGAAGCAAGGAAUGUGCAAGGCUAUCCGUGGCUGGAAAGAGUUAGAGUCCCUUACAAUGCCCACUAUAGCAAAUCCACCAUAUAUUCUGGAAGAAAUCUCAAGGCACUGCAAGAACUUCAGUGAACUCAAGAUCAUGGGGCCAUGUGACUAUUUCUUUGCUUCAUCUCUUGCUACAUAUCUUCCAAAAUUAAGAGUUUUGAGCCUUCGGUGCUCAAUGCUAUAUAAGGAUGUUCUCAUUCUCAUCCUUGAGAGCUUGAAACAUUUAGAAGUGCUAAACAUAUCACAUUGCGUUUUGGUGGAAGCCCUUCCACCUCCUCAACAUAGAAGAAUUGUUAAAGAGAUUGAUGAGUCUAUUCGUGAGAAGGCUUCUCAAUUACGUGAAUUUCUCACAUGCAUGGAAGACUCGUGCAUCAUGUGCCAACGAACAAGAACUGACGAAGGGCUGGUUAGGUGGUACAAAUACGAGGAAGGGCUUUGGAAAACAGAUGAGGUGAGGUCUCUCGCACUUUAAGCAACAAAAUCGAUCUGGUAGUCUUCUAGUUGUUGCUGCUUAUGUAACAUUUUCUGUUGUUUAGUUACUCUGCUAUCUUAAGUGUAGAUCCAAAUAAACAAAGUUAAUUCUUGCAAAUGAAUGUUGAAAGCCCUUUAGGAGUUAGCCAAAUCUUGUAACUGUAUAUAGGAAUAAUAAGUUCUGUAUUCUGUAGUCGGUAUCAUUUUGAGAAGUGUUUUCUAUCAUGAAAAUUUGCUUAGACAGCAGUUUUGGUUCUUUAAGAAUACAAUGAAUUUUGUUUUGGGCUAUGUUUGGUCCUAUCAUUUGUAAGUAGUGAUGCUAUCAACUAGUCUUCACAGAUUUUCCGAGUUCGAAGUGAAUAACAACAGUGUACAGGGUGAGGGCUGAUAGUCU